UCCAAGUGUCUCUCUCUUUCUGUCGCUCUCUCUCUCUCUCUCACGCCUUGCCACCCUGACAGCACAGCCAGACAACGACUCAUUCCGUGGCUGUUUACUGGAUUUAGCAGUUUUUAUUCAUAUUACUAUUGAUUUCUAAUUUGUGUCCAUCAAUAAAAAAGAGACACAAACUCAAAUGUGAUAAUUUUGCAUCAUCUUACAUGCAGAAAUUUGCUGGUGUCCUCCAAACAUUCUGCGGCGACUUAAGCACAAGUGCCGCCCUGUUGCCGGGGUGACGAUCCAGCGGCGCCUUGCCUGACAGGUGUUUGUCCAGAAGAAAGUAUCUGAGUGCUACCGUCAACAUGUGCUAAAAGCUGAACAGUCAACAAUCAAGAUUGGUCAGCUUUGACUCCAGAAGAUGAGCAAUGAAGAUGUUUUCUACGACGCCGUUUCAGGCCUGGAAUCAGACGAGUCGUACGAAGGGGUGUCGGAGUCCAUUUACAAAGAUGCACUGGUGUUUGACAGCAGUAGUCGGAAGAACAACGGGUCAAAGCCUCAAGAGAAUGGCGUCAGGAAACACAGGACGUCAUUACCUGCCCCCAUGUUUUCCAGAAGCAGUCUUAGUGUCUGGAGUAUCCUUAAGAAAUGCAUCGGAAUGGAACUCUCCAAGAUCACGAUGCCUGUCGUCUUCAACGAGCCUCUCAGCUUCCUGCAGAGAAUCACUGAAUACAUGGAGCACACCUACCUCAUCAACAGAGCCUGCUUGCUGUCUGACUCCAUAGAGCGCAUGCAGGCAGUGGCUGCCUUUGCUGUGUCAGCUGUUGCGUCUCAGUGGGAGCGAACUGGAAAACCCUUCAACCCUCUACUGGGAGAGACUUAUGAACUUAGAAGAGAUGAUCAAGGUUUCCGUCUGAUAGCAGAGCAGGUAUCCCAUCAUCCCCCAGUGAGUGCCUUCCAUGCCGAGAGCCUGGCUGGAGACUUCGUCUUCCACGGCUCCAUCUACCCCAAACUCAAAUUCUGGGGAAAGAGUGUUGAAGCAGAGCCUAAAGGGACCAUCACACUAGAGAUACUUAAGCACAAUGAGACAUACACUUGGAGUAACCCUCACUGCUGCGUGCACAACAUCAUCUUGGGCAAACUGUGGAUAGAACAGUACGGCACAGUGGAAAUAGUCAACCACAGCACUGGAGACAAGUGUGUGUUGAAUUUCAAGCCCUGUGGCAUGUUUGGCAAAGAGCUGCACAAAGUGGAGGGAUACAUCCAGGAUAAGAGUAAAAAGAAGCACUGUGUCAUCUACGGGAAGUGGACAGAGUGCAUGUGGAGCAUUGACCCUCAGGCUUACGAGGCCCACAAGAAGUCUGAGAAGAAAGGCGAUAAGAAGCACAAAAAUGAAGAGCAAGCGAGAUCGGACAAUGAUGACGCGGAUGACAUGCCAGAGGUCCAAGAGACGGUAUCGGUUGUACCAGGAAGUACUUUGCUGUGGAGGAUAGAUUCUAGACCGGCUCACUCUGCUCGGAUGUAUAACUUCACCAACUUUGCAAUGGCUCUCAAUGAACUGGAGCCGGGAAUGGAGGCCACCGUGGCACCCACGGAUUGUCGCUUCAGACCUGACAUCAGAGCCAUGGAAAAUGGCAAAAUGGAAGAAGCCAGUCAGGAGAAGGAGAGACUGGAGGAGAAACAGCGAGCUUCAAGAAAGGAGAGAGCCAAGCAUAACGAUGAGUGGUCUACACGGUGGUUCCAAUCCGGCACCAACCCGUGCACCGGCUCCCAGGACUGGAUCUACUCUGGUGGUUACUUCAAUAGAAACUACAACAACCUGCCUGAUAUCUACUGACGGUCCGUUUGCCUUUGCCUAUUUUUUCCUGCUCCGCCUUUCUAAAGCCGACAAACAACGGACCUUGUCGACCCUCGGAGGGACUCGCCAAGAACUAAAGCCUUCAUCAUUUAACUUGCAAAGAGGCCACAAUUCUCCUCGUCCACUCCCUCCCGUCUUCCUUCAUUAAGGAUUUUACGCCUUACAUGUGUGACUGUUCUCCCCGAAAAACAUCUUUCUGUCGCGCACCCAAACUUAUUUCUCCACGUCACAGACCAAUCAAACUGGAUGGGAAAAAACGUCAUUAUUAGGGAAGCUUGUUUGAAGUAAUGAGCAUCUUUGAGAUGUGAGCGCUCCUUCAUGGGCUGACACAAUCACUCAAUAAUGCAACACCCUGUAUGUCGCAGAGCGUCUCAUGAGGUGUCAAUUAUUAUACACAAAAAAAAAUCACACAAAUUCCAAUAUGUAAUCCAGUGGAACCUCCAAAAAAGGGAUUUCAAUCAUUUUUCAAGUAACAUUCCUAACCGUCUUAAGAAGUCAAAACAAUAAAAAUUCUAAAAUAAAGCUAAUAUGGAUUAAAAAAAAAAACUCUUUGAAGGUAUUUGUUGGAAAGCUUCUAAUUUUAAUGCCAGGCAUUAGAAUAGAAAGUACUUUAUUGAUCCCUGGGGGAAACUCAGCUAUUUAGCUACAUGCUCGUUACCACAGCAGCCGAUUCCGUCACUACAAUUGUGCCUAAUUGAUAUUUUUCACAAUCUUCGGUUGCACGGUUACCACUCUUUCAAAAUGAAAUCUAUCGAGGUGGCGUCACAAAUAAAAUUUAAAAAACUAAACACUAGUGGUGUGACACAUUUAGGUGACCGGUUGAAUAUUAGUCCGGAAAAUUUGGUUGAACUCCAAAUUUCGGUGGUGGUUCGCCAUUGGAGGUUCCACUGCGGAAAUAAUCAUGUCCGUUUUACCAAUUAUUCACAAUGUUACAGUGUCAUAAAAUGACCAAACAUGCACAAUAAUCCAAAAUGAGCGAGUAAUGAACGAUUACAAUAAUAUGGAAGGACCCCCUUUUAAGCCAUAUGACACACAACGUAAACCCCUUGACGUUGACUACAUUAACAUGCCGUGUAAAUAGUCUACUACUACAUCAAUUCGGCUGCACACAGAGUUUAUAAUCCAUUCCUUGUGAAUGUCACUGCAAAGAAAAAAAGAAAUCAUGAUUGUUGACAGCUUUUGUAGUAGUAGUCGUUGUUUAGAAAUCCCCCUUUGCUGCACUGUUAAAAAUGUGCUAUUUUGGCCACUUUGUUGUUAUUCAAAGCACUCAUUAACCAAAAUUGUCUCCGUGCUUGUUGCAUCCGCCAACAAUUUUUUGCCCUGUUUUUUGUGAGCUUAAAAUACCGAGGUAGACAAACACUACUCCAGUGCAUUGUGUAGACGUUUGUGUAAUUUGCACUGUUAGCGCGCCAAAAAAAAAUGGUACAACUGUCACUUCCAUCAAUACAAAUUCCCGAAUUCUACUCGAGAAAAUGUCCUCCUAGGUCCUAUAUUAUUCUUUUUUUUUUAUUGUUUUGUCCUAAUUUGUUUUCUCUCUCUCUCUCUCUGUCUCCAUUAUGUGGCUGUUGAUGUUCUAUUGUGUACAAAGUAAUCACAUGCAAAAUUACAUUUUGUGCAAUUGAUUUAUUUUUAUAGUAUUUAAACCUGUUUUUUUGGGGGGAGGGGAGGGAGAAGGUGAGUACAAUGUACCAGAGGUUUUAAUUUUAAGUGGGCCGAUGGUAUAAGCGUUUUGUGGACAGCUUGGUUAAUUCAUGGACAAGGGAAGGUCUACUAAUAAAUCCUUAAUUUC